AUGAAGAAGGCUGCCCCGAAUGAUUCUACUCAAACUGCCAAACAGGGGACUAUUUGGUUAGCGCCGUCCAAGAUGAAAGUAGAACAGCUGCGCGACAUUCUUCAAAAAUACACUUCCGCAUCCAUCCUACCCAAGGAUGUUUUUGGUAUUGGAGGCUCUUUGGAAGCUGAGGCGAGGAAUUCUAAGGUGGGAACCAGGAGAAAAAUUAGAGAUGAAGAUGACAAAACAGAAUCACCUGGUCGCAAACGGCAAUGCAAGGAUCCAAACCUACUUGGCAAACAGGGGCUGUCCAGUACAACGGCUGCGGCAGAGCGUGAUCAGCAAACUCAACAAUUGGGCACGGCUCUGCUCCCUUUGGUAGCUCAAGAUUUGUUGGCUACACUCAGUGCGCACGCCGGCUCCAUCAAAAUACCUGCUGCUGGCCCCCUUGAGGAGCAGCAAGCGAUUGAGGUUGCCCCGGGAGAUUCAGCUCAACCUGCUCAGCAACCCAAGCCUGUGCCUUCGGCCAAAUCCUCACUAGCCCUGGGCGCCCAUCAACCCAGCACGACCUCCAUAGCUGCCCCGGGAGAGCUCAACCUGCUCAGCGGCCAGAGCUUGUGA